GACAUUUAAACAACUUUCCCGCCAAUCCUUGUACCCUGUUAGUCUGUUACCCCCUUCUCUCUUCACACAAGUCUGCUGUUCAUUCCACUAUUCUACACAAAGAUAUCUAGCGAGAGAGUGAGACGAUCAUUCCAGAGAGACAGACGAGAGAGAGAGAGAGAGAGACAGACAGAGAGAUACAGAGAGAGAGAUGGAUUCAACAAGAAAGAUAAGCUUCCUAGUGUUCGUACUAUGCGUCUUCAUCUCCCUAAAGAACCAGAUCAACAAGGCCUCUUCUUCGUCUUCUUUGUACUCUUCGUCUUCAUCGUACUCGUCUUCGUAUACUGAAGAUUCCGUUGAUCCUCCUCCAUCUACAAGUGCUUUUACCACUACUACUGCAUCUACUUUUUCGUCGCCGUCCAAUAUCUUUUACUCGGUGAAGAAAGUCGAUAAGAAAUACGCAGAAGCUUUCGAUGAAAUUCAGCCUCUUCAAUACGAUUUUUACCGCGAUACUUGUCCUGGUGCCGAACAAAUUGUCCGAUCGUCGGUUCGUCAAAUUCAUCAGCUCCGUCCUGAUAUUUCGCCUGCUCUCUUAAGGCUCGUAUUUCAUGACUGUUUCAUUGAGGGUUGUGAUGCCUCAGUGUUAUUGGAUGAUGCUGGUGGAAGUGGUAGUGAGAAAGAUUCUCUUCCCAAUCAAUCUUUAAAGGGGUUUGAUAUAAUUGAUAUGAUCAAGUCCCAACUCGAAAAUGAGUGCCCUGGAAUCGUUUCUUGUGCGGAUAUUCUUGUCUUGGCUGCUAGAGAAAGUGUCGUUUUGGCUGGUGGUCCAUUCUAUCCUUUGCACACUGGGAGGAGAGACAGCCCUGUUGCAUACCCAGAUCUUGCAACAUACGAGCUUCCAAGUCCCCUAGACGAUCUUUCAAGAACCACUGAUUUAUUUGCAUCCAGGGGGUUUGAUGAAAGAGAAACUGUAUCUCUGUUAGGAGCACACAGCACUGGGAUGAUCCACUGCAAAUUCUUCCACAGCCGGCUUAACAACUUUAAGGGGACUGGUGUGCCAGACUCAACCUUGGACAGUGAUUUCCUGGACAUCCUGAGAUCAAAAUGCUUCAAUAACCAAUCCUCAUCAUCAUCACCAUUGUCUUCACCGUCACCAUCUGCAUCAACUACAGCAUCAUUGCCCCUUUCACCUUCACCAUCUUCAGUUUCAACUAUAAACGUCUCUGCAGUUUCCUCGAUCCCAGACACAGCAAUGAAGAUGGACUAUGAGGGACCUGGCAGAGGUUUUGGCACUUUAUAUUAUAGGAGUCUUCUGCAGGGUAAAGGACUCCUCUUUGUUGAUCAGCAACUAACUUCAGGGGAAGAAACUGAGACUUGGGUCAGGGCUUAUGCCUCAGAUGUGAACCUCUUUCAGCGCGACUUUGCCUUGGUGAUGAUGAAGCUUUCAGAUUAUCGUGUAUUGACUGCACCGAUGGGUCAGGUUAGGCUGGAUUGUCGCAAGGUUGUGAUAUAGAGCUUAAGUGUUUGUUUACUACUCAUUUUAUCUGCUAUUGCUGUAUAUUGUGUGAUUGAUGUAUAGAUAUUUGUAUAGUCAGGCCUUCGUUCUUCAACUUAAUCUGAGACAUUAGCUCAAAGGCAGACAAUAUAGCUGUACAUUUUCAUUGAGUUUUGAAUGGAAUGAUCAUUUUCGACA